UGAAAUUGGAACCCAAACAAACCCUUUUCUAAAAGCACACUAAUUACCCUCCUUUCACCUUCUAAUCAUUCCCUAAUUCUCUCUCUAGUAUACUCUUCCUCUCUUCUUCACAAGGCCAUUUAAUUAGUAGCAUACCUCAAAAUUGCACAUACCCCAAAAGAAAACAAAAACAAAAAAUGCUCAAGCUGCUCUUCUUCUGGUUGUCACUGUUGCUAACGUUACACCUCGACAGACCUCUCGCAGAAGCAAGUAAUGUGACGGACAUUUUCAUCCUGGCGGGGCAGAGCAACAUGGCGGGGCGAGGCGGGGUGGAGCACGGCAGGUGGAACGGCGUCGUCCCAUCGCAAUCCGCUCCCAGCCCGUCGAUCCUCCGGCUGAGCGCCGGGAUGAGAUGGCAGCCGGCCGCGGAGCCCCUCCACGUGGACAUCGACGUGGCGAGGAACAAGACCUGCGGGGUGGGGCCGGGGAUGGCAUUCGCCAAUGCGGUGCUGCCGGGGCUUAUGCGGUGCAAUGAGGCGGCGGCGGUGGUAGGGCUGGUGCCGUGUGCGGUGGGCGGGACGAGGAUCCGGCAGUGGAGGCGGGGGAAGCGGCUGUACGGUCGGAUGGUGCGGCGGGCGAGAGCGGCGGCGAGAGGCGGCGGGAGGAGGAGGAUCCGAGGGGUUUUGUGGUAUCAAGGGGAGAGCGAUACGGUGCGUAGAGAGGAUGCGGAGGGGUAUAAGGGGAAUUUGGAGAGGCUGGUGGUGGACUUGCGGUCGGAUCUUGGCAUCCCUGCUCUGCCGUUUCUCCUGGUUGCAGUGGCAUCUGGGGAAGGCAAGUUUGUGGAACAAGUGAGGAAAGCUCAACUCACAAUCGACCUUCCAAACGUGCAAUGCGUAGAUGCCAAGGGAUUGGGCCUCAAAGCAGAUCAUCUCCACCUAACCACUACCUCGGAGGUUCAGCUGGGCCAGGAGCUGGCUCGUGCCUUUCUUGCUCAUUUUGCCCAUCGGCCAUCAUUGCACCAACUUAUGCAGUAGCCUAUCCCUCUGCGUCUGCGAUGAUUAUUAUUAUUGUUGUUGUUAUUAGCUUAUUAUUACUGCUAUUAUUAUGAGAUUGUGUCUCAGCUAUAAGGAGAAAACAUAUGGGCUCACAAAUACCACACAGCGGGCCCAAUCGUACUUGGACAUAUAAGGUGUCUAACUGGCUCAGGCCCAUCAGAUCACGACGACGACGACUUGCGGAGCCGAAAGUAAAAUCUUGAUCCGUGUCUCAAUCUGGGUUCUGAUUCUUUGAGCCUGUUUCUCAGCUGCGUCAGCAGACUGGCCACUCCGAAGUCUGAAACACAGCGGGCAAUCAGGUUACAAUCCUAUAAUGGAGUUAAAGCCAAAACUAGCUAUUGACCCGGCCCGUUGAUUGGAUUACUUUAAUUACCAAUCUGUGAAAUGGGAAAGUGAGUUGGAGUAGGAGAGCAUCUAUUUGAGUCGAACUCACAAUUUGGAUCUAUUUGAGUCCAUAUAAUUAUACAUGUG